GGUAGAGGCGCGUUCCAAAAGCCCCCUCCCAGUGUUCACUUAUUGCCUUUUCAAUUUCACCAUUUCACUGCCAAGAUUAACUUCAAUCAAAUUUAGUUACUAUUUCUAAUUAUAGCACUAAAUUUUCGAAUCUCUGGACCGAAAAGUGGUUAAUAUGUGAUCGAUUUCUAUGAAUAUUCUCUCCUUUUCCGUGUAAUCCGCGGUACAAAUUACUCCCACAUAUAAGCCUUCUCCAUUGCAAUAGGGUUUCAAAUAUCCCCACUCAUUCCCCUGUCCUUCUCAAAUUAUGAACACAUUUUGCUUAUGUAACUUCUCGAAUCCUUUUAUUUUAUGGGUGUUUUGAUUCUUGCUUUUCGUGGGUUCGGUUUACAAUUUUGUUUUCUUGACAGAACUACAAGAAGUUAAAAAGGUUCUUGAGAUAUCUACAUUUUCUGCUGGGGCAAUUUGAGUCUGGUUGGAAUUUUUUAAAUUAUGGGCCUUUAAGAAUUUGAUAUUUCGUUGUUUGUUAUCAAUUGUAAUUAGAAGGGUAUUCUUUGAUUUUUUAUUUUUUUUUUUAAUCACAUUUUCUUUGACCUAGGGUUGUUGGUUUGGCAAGAAAAAAAAAAUCUGAGUGUUUGCCCUUUUCUGUUUCCUUUUGAUAUUGAAUUUUGGUUAUCAUUUUUGUAGAAUUUCUUGGAUAUUUUAUCUUUUUCGUGUAAACUAGGAAAUGCCAGGUACAGAUUGUCACGAAACAUCAUCACCAUCAUCUUUUCCAUUUUGAGCAGACAUCGGGAUCAGGUCCUCUCUAUGGACUCUACUCAUGAGGUCAGUGGCCAUGAAAAUGGAUUGGAAGCCUUCCAAAAACAUGUGGCCGAAAGGUUUCGUGAAUUGGCAGCAGUAGACUCUAAUGAGUUGCUCUCAGUUCCGUGGAUUCGCAAGCUUUUAGAUGCAUUCCUCUGUUGCCAAGAGGAAUUUGUACUUAUCGUCUUCAAGAAUCCAGGUUUCUUCAAUCGAUCCCCCAUGGAUCGGUACAUUUCCGAAUACUUUGAGAGAAAUGUUAAGGCUUUAGAUGUUUGCAAUGCAAUUCGUGAUGGCAUUGAGCAGAUCAGGCAGUGGCAGAAGCAGUUGGAGAUUGUUUUAUGUGCAUUGGACAAUCAGUGUAGCAUUGGGGAAGGCCAGUUUCGUCGUGCUAAAAAGGCCUUGAUUGAUUUGGAUAUGGCAAUGGUGGAUGAAAAAGAGUUGAAUUCGACUCUUGCACAUAGAAAUCGGUCUUUUGGACAAAACAAUGUCCAGAGGGAGCACAAGUCUUUUAGCCAAUUCCGGUCCCUGUCAUGGAGCGUUUCCCGGUCUUGGUCUGCUGCUAAGCAGUUGCAAGCAAUUGGCAACAACUUGGCUGCGCCACGAACUCAUGAGAUUUCAGCCACUCAUGGACUAAAUGUGGCUGUUUUCACCAUGAAUUACGUGCUUCUUUUUGUGAUGUGGGCACUUGUGGCUGCAAUCCCCUGUCAAGACCGUGGCCUUCAGACACACUUUUUAGUAACUAGGCAGUUUGUUUGGGCCGUUCCGAUUCUCUCACUCCAUGAGAAGAUUCUGGAUGAGUCAAAGAAACUGGACAGGAGAAAUUCUAGUGGGUUGUUGAAGGAGAUUCACGAGAUUGAAAAAUGCGCUAGACAAAUGAAUGAAUUGGCUGAUUCUGUUCGGUUUCCCUUGACUGAGGAAAAGGAAGAGGAAGUGAGGCUAAGAGUUCAGGAGUUUGCACUAGUGUUUAAAGCGGUAAAAGAAGGUUUGGAUCCAUUAGAACAUCGGGUUAGAGAAGUUUUUCAUAGGAUUGUGCACAGCAGGACUGAGUGUCUCGAUUCUAUUGGACGAGCAAAUACUAACUAUUGAUACAAUUUGAGAUAAAAAGUUGUCCAUGUGAGCUACUCAAUCAAAGGUUGAAGAGGUAAAGUCUUGUAUUUAUCGCAACGUGUUUAAAGAAAUCAGGAAAACGAUUGUACUUUCUGCUGUCUAUGUUAUUGUAUCUUUUGCUUUGAGAUAUAAUCUAUAUUUCAACUAAAUUUGAUGCUGCUAGAUGAUAAAUAAUAGUAGUAGAAACUGAAGAACACUCCAUUUGAGGCAUAAUUUGCAUCUAAGUUAGCAAUAAACAUGAUGAAAUGA